AUGGAAGACGAAGUUGCUGCCCUCGUUAUUGACAACGGUUCCGGUAUGUGCAAGGCCGGUUUCGCCGGAGAUGACGCCCCCCGUGCUGUCUUCCCCUCCAUUGUCGGUCGUCCCCGUCACCAGGGCGUCAUGGUUGGUAUGGGUCAGAAGGACUCGUACGUCGGUGAUGAAGCCCAGUCAAAGAGAGGUAUCCUUACCCUGCGCUACCCCAUUGAACACGGUAUCGUCACCAACUGGGACGACAUGGAGAAGAUCUGGCACCACACCUUCUACAACGAACUCCGUGUUGCCCCCGAGGAGCACCCCGUCUUGUUGACCGAAGCUCCCUUGAACCCCAAGUCCAACCGUGAGAAGAUGACCCAGAUCAUGUUUGAGACCUUCAACGCCCCCGCCUUCUACGUUGCCAUCCAGGCCGUCCUGUCAUUGUACGCCUCCGGCCGUACCACCGGUAUCGUAUUGGACUCUGGCGACGGUGUCACCCACACCGUCCCCAUCUACGAAGGUUACGCCCUUCCCCACGCCAUCCUGCGUCUCGACAUGGCCGGUCGUGACUUGACCGACUACCUCAUGCGCAUCUUGGCCGAGCGUGGUCACUCGUUCACCACCACCGCCGAACGCGAAAUUGUCCGUGACAUCAAGGAAAAGCUCUGCUACGUCGCCCUCGACUUUGAGCAGGAGAUGCAGACUGCCGCCCAGUCCUCGGCUUUGGAAAAGUCCUAUGAAUUGCCCGAUGGUCAGGUCAUCACCGUCGGCAACGAGCGCUUCCGUGCCCCCGAAGCCUUGUUCCAGCCUGCCUUGCUCGGCUUGGAAUCUUCCGGUAUCCACGAGACCGCUUACAACUCCAUCAUGAAGUGUGAUGUCGAUAUCCGUAAGGACUUGUACUCCAACAUUGUCAUGUCCGGUGGUACCACCAUGUACCCUGGUAUUGCCGACCGUAUGCAGAAGGAAAUCACCGCCUUGGCCCCAAGCUCCAUGAAGAUCAAGAUCGUCGCUCCUCCAGAGAGAAAGUACUCUGUCUGGAUCGGUGGUUCCAUCUUGGCAUCCCUCAGCACUUUCCAACAGAUGUGGAUCAGCAAGCAAGAGUACGACGAAUCUGGUCCCUCCAUCGUCCACCGCAAGUGCUUCUAA